UCUCUCUCUCUCUCUCUCUCUCUCUCUCUGUUUUACUCCAUCCAAUUCGACUUAUCAGCUUUACAGUUACGUAAGGUUAGAGUGGUUGAUCACUUUGGUAUAAGUAUCGUAUAAACUUAGCAUGCUAAGUGAUCGAAGUGGAUAAAUUUCUGUUUUGUACUGUUCUAUGCUCAUUGCCAUUACCUGGCUUUAGUGUGAGUUGGAUUAGUAGUCAGAUUUCUUGAGCUGAAAGAGUGGGAAGGGUAGUCUUGUCUGAGAUUCAGCCAUUUAGAAGGACGAAUAUGCCCUGUGAUUGUCUACUUCUGGAAUCUCUAUUUUGUGGUUUCAGAAUGAUUUAUACAAGAUCAGCUGCAUUGCUGUAUCUUCUAAUUUGCACACUGAUCACAAUGAAAGCAAAUGGGUUCUUUGUGGGGAUUACCUAUGUUGAAAAUUCUAUAGCAAAGGGAGCAGUUUGCUUGGAUGGGAGUCCACCAGCAUACCAUAUGGAUAAAGGAUUUGGAUCAGGGAUUAACAACUGGCUGGUUCACCUCGAGGGAGGAGGAUGGUGUAGCAAUGUCACAAUUUGUCUUGCUCACAAGGACACCCGUCAUGGAUCCUCUAAGAAAAUGGCAAAGCAAAUUGCAUUCUCAGGGAUUUUGAGCAACAAGGAAAAUUUUAACCCAGAUUUUUAUAAUUGGAACAAGAUCAAGGUUCGGUACUGUGAUGGAUCAUCAUUCACUGGAGAUGUGGAGGCUAUUGAUCCGGCCAACAACCUUUACUUAAGAGGAGAGAGGGUUUGGCAAGCUGUUAUGGAGGACCUACUAGAGAAAGGGAUGAAAAAUGCCAAAUAUGCUCUUCUUUCUGGAUGUUCAUCGGGUGGUUUGGCUGCCAUUCUCCAUUGUGAUAGGUUCCGUGAACUCCUACCUGUGGAUGCCAAAGUUAAAUGUCUUUCUGAUGCUGGUUAUUUCAUCAAUGCGAAGGAUGUUUCUGGGAAAGAUCACAUACAAGCCAUCUAUAAUGAUGUCGUGACAACCCAUCAAUCAGCAAAGAAUUUGCCUGUGUCCUGCACUUCAAGAACGGAACCAAGUUUGUGUUUUUUCCCCCAAAAUGUUGUGCAAGAUAUGUAUACACAACUUUUUAUAUUGAAUGCAGCCUAUGAUUCCUGGCAGAUAAAGAACACUUUGGCACCUGGCGUUGCUGAUCCUCAUGGCCACUGGCACUACUGCAAGCUUGAUAUAAAGAAUUGUUCAUCUAGUCAACUCCAAACCAUGCAAGGUUUCAGGUCGGAGUUUCUAAAUUCAGUGGGAGAAUUAAUGAGCUCUUCCAUGAAGGGCAUGUUUAUAAACUCUUGCUAUGCUCACUGCCAAUCCGAAGUGCAGGAAACAUGGUUAAGGGCUGACUCCCCUGUUCUUGAUAAGACGCCAAUUGCCAAAGCAGUUGGAGACUGGUAUAAUGACAGGAGCGAUUUCAAGAAGAUAGAUUGCCCUUAUCCUUGUGAUGGUUCUUGCCACAAUCGUGUUUUUGGGCCAAAUGAAUAUUCUCAAGUAUAGUUGAGAAUUCCUAUAUAGUAGCAGAUAUCUAUUAUUCACUAAGCAUUACUACAGAUGAAUCAAGUUCAAACAAGUAGAUAUCAGUAAAAUACCUUAUAAGGAAGUGGUUUGCUUC